GGGCAGCUGUCAGGUCUUAUUGGUUGCUGGUUAGACCAAGCAGGGUCCACUAGCCUUGGGCUGCAGGGAGACUGCGUGUCCCCUGAGCACCUGUGGCACAUCGGGGGGGCCCCACGAGCUGCAAUCCUCACCUAGCCGGGGUUUCACACCCAAGCCCACUCAGCUCGACCCAGACCAGCGCCCCCUCUCCCUUUCCUGCAUACCACCAGCACACCCACAGACUUGGAAAGAGUCGUUGCCCACUUUGCCAAGAUGUCCAAGUCCAAGGUAGCCAAGUAUCGGCGGCAGGUGAGUGAAGACCCUGACAUCGAUAGCCUGCUGUCCACCCUCUCCCCUGAGGAGAUGGAAGAGCUGGAGAAGGAGCUGGAUGUGGUGGACCCAGAUGGGAGCAUUCCUGUGGGGCUGCGGCAGAGGAACCAGACAGACAGACAGCCCUCGGGCACAUUCAACCGGGAAGCCAUGCUCAACUUCUGUGAAAAGGAGACCAAGAAACUCAUCCAGAGGGAGAUGUCUAUAGAUGACAGCAAGCAAGUAGAGAGGAAGACGGAUACCAAGAACGGAGAGGGAAAGGGUAGCGAUGCCAACCGAAAGGCCCCGGGCCCCAGACAGGACUCAGACCUGGGCAAGGAGCCCAAGAAGGGUGUUUUGAAGAAAAGCUUCUCCAGGGACCGAGAGGAGGCUGAUGGCAGAGCGGGUGAGAAGCCCAAAGAGGAGAAGAUCAUCAGGGGCAUUGACAAGGGCCGGGUCAGGGCUGCGGUGGACAGGAAGGAGGCUGGGAAGGAUGGCAGAGAAGAGAGGACCCCAGUCCCGAGGAAGGAAGAGGAGAAGAGCGGGAGUGUCAGGAACGCAGUCCUGAGCAGAGACAAAGACAAGAAGAGAGAGGAGGUGGAGGAGCCCAGGAAGAAAGAGGAGGAGAAGCUGACCACAGGGAGCAGGAGUGCAGGCUCCGGAAAGGAGGACGGGAGGCCGAAAAGGCCGAGUGAGAGCACAGACCAGAAACCAGAGGAUGAGGGGGGACAGAAAGGAAGUGGGGACAGAGACUCGAGAAAGGAAGAUGAAAAGGUUCAGAAGGAAGAGAACCGACCUGAUAAGGAAGUCAGGGAAGAGAGCAAGACCAAAGCCCCAGAGAAGCAGGCCCCUAGUGGCCCCGGCAAGCCCUCUGAAGGGCCAGCCCGAGCGGAGGAGGAGGCGACUCCCAGCAUAUUUGAUGAACCUCUGGAGCGAGUGAAGAACAACGACCCGGAGAUGACCGAGGUGAAUGUCAACAACUCAGACUGCAUCACCAAUGAAAUCCUGGUCCGCUUCACCGAGGCCUUGGAGUUCAACACUGUGGUCAAGGUGUUCGCCUUGGCCAACACUCGGGCCGACGACCACGUGGCCUUCGCCAUUGCCAUCAUGCUCAAGGCCAAUAAGACCAUCACCAGCCUCAACCUGGACUCCAAUCACAUCACUGGCAAAGGCAUCCUGGCCAUCUUCCGGGCCCUCCUCCAGAACAACACACUGACUGAGCUGCGUUUUCACAACCAGAGGCACAUCUGCGGAGGAAAGACUGAGAUGGAGAUCGCCAAGCUGCUCAAGGAGAACACGACCCUGCUCAAGCUGGGCUACCAUUUUGAGCUGGCCGGGCCCCGGAUGACGGUCACCAAUCUGCUUAGCCGCAACAUGGACAAGCAGCGGCAGAAACGUCUGCAGGAGCAAAAACAGGCCCAGGAAGCCAGCGGAGAGAAGAGAGACCGACUCGAGGUACCCAAGGUUGGGGCUCUGGCCAAGGGCUCCCCCAAACCUUCACCCCAGCCAUCUCCAAAGCCGGCUCCAAAGAACUCGCCCAAGAAAGGGGGUGCUCCAGCAGCCCCGCCUCCCCCUCCCCCUCCCUUGGCCCCACCUCUUAUCAUGGAGAACCUAAAGAACUCACUCUCACCAGCUACGCAGAGGAAGAUGGGAGACAAAGGGCUCCCCGCCCAGGAGAAGAACUCACGUGACCAGCUCCUGGCUGCCAUCCGUUCCAGCAACCUUAAGCAGCUGAAGAAGGUGGAGGUGCCCAAGCUGCUUCAAUAGGACCAGGCAGCCAGGCACUGGUGCCAACGCCAUGUCUGCCCGGACUGUCGUACCAGGGCUACACCGACCCCCACCACCCCACCCUGGCUGAGCUGUUACAGUUGCCUCUGUCCACCAUGGGAGAGCUCGAGACCUGGGCCACGCUCGAGGGAAGACACCUCGGUCUCUUCUCACUUUCCUUUUCUCGUCUCUGGGGCUCUCCAAAAAUUGCUUUUGAAACCUGGAGCUGAGGUUUCUGGACAAGAGGAGUUCUUUAGGCAUGUCAGAGAAGACGGCACCGGCGGAGCCCAUGUAGGAGGCAUGCCGCCAAAGGCUUAUGAUGCGGAAAAGAUGUCUCCCGGGGACCACACAGCCACCCCAGCCUUACCGCCUCCAGGGCCAGGAUUCAGGCCUCUGAGGAGCCCUUGGGGGGACGCUGCUGGGCCAGUGGCAGUGGCGCUCUCUGGGACAGUGGUCGAAGGACAGAGGGCAUGAGGGUUCCAAGGGCAGAGCAGGAGAGCUGAGGAUGCUACACACCCCUUCACCUGCUGUGCCUAGGCAGCAGGCAUGGCUGGAGGUGCCUGAUAGAGUAGGUUCCAGAUGGGAGUGGAGAGACAGACAGCAGCUGGGCAUGAAGGGUUGAUGCCAAAGCAGACAUUUUCUUCACACCACCUGCUGCUGUAUAAAUAGCUCUAUAUCUGUUUUUUUCCAUAAGAUUUUGAUAAUAUAUUCAAACCUUUAGCUGCGA